UGAGGUCCGGCGGCAAAAAAUUGUCACUCGGCUGCCCUAGCUUUAACUCGCAUUUGGUUUCCGAUGAUGUUCUUCCAGAGAAAUCUAUGGCGGAAGAGCUUCGAAUCCAAGCCCGCUCUAUCCCAAAUCAUCCGGCGAAAACUGUUCGCCUCAACGCCGUCGCCGUCGCUGUCGCCGGCAGAGCGGCCGCCGGUUCUUCCUCCCUUCGAGCACCAAGCUACCCCCUACAACAAGAUGAUGGCCGACGAGAUCCUCAAAAAGCGGAAUGAGUUUCUUGGCCCCUCUCUCUUCUACUACUACAAAAAGCCACUCAACAUUGUGGAAGGGAAGAUGCAGUACCUUUAUGAUGAGAAUGGGAAGCGUUAUCUUGAUGCAUUUGCUGGAAUCGUGACUGUUUCUUGUGGGCAUUGCCAUCCUGAUGUAGUUAAUGCGGUGGUGGAACAAACUAGGCUCCUGCAACACACCACCACGAUCUACCUUCACCAUGCGAUUGUUGAGUUUGCCGAAGCAUUGGCAUCGAAAAUGCCAGGAAACCUAAAGGUUGUUUAUUUUGUGAAUUCUGGGACUGAAGCUAAUGAGUUAGCGAUGAUGAUGGCUCGAUUGUACACUGGAAAUCUUAACAUGAUAGCUCUGAGAAAUGCAUAUCAUGGUGGCAGCGCUGGAACGCUUGGACUGACCGCUCUGCAUACUUGGAAAUAUCCAAUUCCUCAGGGUGAAGUUCAUCAUGUUAUAAAUCCAGAUCCAUAUCGAGGGGUUUUUGGCUCUGAUUCUUCUUGUUAUGCUAAUGAAGUUUGCGAUCAUAUUGCUUAUGCUACUCCUGGAAAAGUUGCAGGAUUUAUUGCAGAAACAUUUCAGGGAGUUGGAGGUGCUGUAGAAUUGGCUCCUGGAUACCUAAAAUUAACGUAUGAUAUUGUUCGUCAAGCUGGUGGUGUUUGCAUAGCUGAUGAGGUUCAAAGUGGCUUUGGUCGCACCGGAAACCAUUAUUGGGGCUUUCAGACGCAAGAUGUUGUCCCAGAUAUUGUCACCAUGGCAAAGGGUAUUGGUAACGGCUUACCGCUGGGAGCAGUAGUCACAACUCCUGAAAUAGCUCAAGUGAUGGCUCAAAGGAUACAGUUCAACACAUUUGGUGGGAAUCCUGUGUGUUCUGUCGGCGGGCAUGCAGUGCUUAAGGUUCUUGAUAAGGAGAAUCGUCAAACACAUUGUGCCGAUGUCGGGUCUCACUUGAUUGGACGAUUGAAAGAGCUUCAACAAAAGCAUGAAAUUAUUGGACAUGUGAGAGGCAGGGGACUAAUGCUAGGUGUGGAACUUGUCACUGAUAGAAAAGACAGAACUCCUGCCAAAGCAGAGACUUUGAUGUUAUUUGAGAAGCUUAAAGAUCUGGGAGUUCUGGUUGGGAAAGGAGGUCUUCACGGGAAUGUUUUCCGAAUAAAGCCACCAAUGUGCUUCACCAAAGAGGAUGCAGAUUUUCUGGCAGAUGCAUUGGACUAUGCCAUCUCCACUAUGUGAAUGUGUGUUAUGUUCCUUGAACUAGAAAUAAUAGAGCUUCAAUACCGGCUACAGAGUUCUGUGAGCAAGCAUAAUGUAAUUUCUUCUUUGCUUCCUCUAUGAUGUUGAAAUGUUUUGUUUAUCUAAGAAGUUGAGAAAUUUUGAGGAAGAUUCAGAUGGCAAGAUUGUGAAUCAAAUAAAAAUU